AUGGAAUCAUCUCCUAAGGAUAUAAGGAGGAUAAAUGGGAGAGCUGAAUUUGAUUGUAUUUACACAGCAUAGGAAUACGAAGCAACCUGUCAAUGUGAGUCUACUACUACAUAACUUCACGUUGGGGAAACAUUCUGUGAUCCUACUAAGGUUUAAUUACAUUAAGACUUUGCUGGAGAUGAUGGGAAAACAGCAUCGUUUGAAUAAAUCCGUAAUCUGAUAGGACCUCUUAACGAAUUAUAAUUUGGAGAUCCUAACAGUUAUCAUUUUUCAUGUUUGGAUGGAAGAAAUGAAAAAGGAGUAUUAGGAACUCCAGGGGGUGAUUUUGGUGAGUUCUUGUUAGCCUUAUCAGUGUAUGAAUAAACAAUCCGUACUCCGUUGGCCUAAGAUACUGUAGAUAGCAUUUUUAGCAAUUAUUUACAGUACAUGAAACAAGAAGGGUUUUAUAUGUGCACAGAUGAUGAUGCUCUGAAGCAUUUAGAGAAGGAAUUAGGAAUGACAUUGACUGUUGAUGCUUUAAUUGAUCCACCAAAUUCAUUUAAAAAUGAUCUCUUAACCUCCUUGUUAAAAUCAGAAAACACUGGCUGCAUGCAUUUGAAGAGUAUUUUAAAGAACCCUGAAAGUUAUGACAUGAGACCAGAAUUAGCUGGAUAUUUAAUCCGAACUUAUUUUACAAUAUUGUGGAAUAAGAGUAACCCUUUGCAUCACAAAUUGAUACUUGAAGUAAUGGCAGGCAGACAUGAAGAGAGAGCAUUUCUCGAAGUUAGGAUCAAUGAAGCAUGUAUAAGAUAGAAUAUGGCACCACUUCUGAGACCAAAAAGAAGAAUUACUUUGGCAAGUGUUCCUCAAGGGGAUACAUCAACUACAUUUCAUGAAGGUGGAACCACUGAAAUAUUUUAAGCAUAUGUUAAUCACAUUGAUGCUGCAUCAAUUAGAAGAAAAGAAUUAUCCAAAUUCUUUGCUGAGAAUUCUAAUUUAAAUGGAGUUCAUUUUGAAAUUGAUGUUAUGCAUCAUCGGUUAAAUAAAAAAGGAUUAAUGUACCUUGAAAUUACUGGAUAAAAAGUUGCAAGAUAUUUACCAUUUUAUACUGUUACAAUUGUUUGA